GGAUCGCAACCCGGAGUCCGGAUCCGAGCCCGCUCUGCACAUUCCACAGGCAGGUGUCAGACAUGGCAGAGGAUGGCAGUGAGGAGAUCAUGUUCAUCUGGUGUGAGGACUGUAGCCAGUACCACGACUCCGAAUGUCCUGAGCUGGGCCCCGUGGUCAUGGUCAAAGACUCCUUUGUGUUAAGCAGGGCAAGAUCAUCCCUUCCCUCCAACCUGGAGAUCCGGCGGCUAGAAGACGGGGCCGAGGGAGUGUUUGCCGUAACUCAGCUCGUCAAGCGAACGCAGUUUGGUCCAUUUGAGUCGAGGAGAGUUGCCAAAUGGGAGAAGGAGUCUGCUUUUCCGCUGAAGGUGUUCCAGAAGGACGGGCACCCCGUGUGCUUCGACACGUCCAGCGAGGACGACUGUAACUGGAUGAUGCUGGUGCGGCCGGCCGCGGGGCCCGAGCACCAGAACCUGACCGCCUACCAGCACGGCGACGACGUCUACUUCACCACCUCCAGGGACAUCCCCCCCGGCGCUGAGCUGCGCGUCUGGUACGCGGCCUUUUACGCCAAGAAGAUGGACAAGCCCAUGCUGAAGCAGGCGUGCGCCGGCGCCCAUGCUGCAGGGAGCCCAGGAGGCAGCGCCGCAGGGGAGUCGGAGCCCAGCCAGUGGGUGUGCAAGGUGUGUUCUGCCACCUUCCUGGAGCUGCAGCUCCUGAACGAGCACCUGUUGGGUCACCUGGAACAGGCCAAAAGCCUCCCCGCCGCCAGCCAGCACGAAGCCGCCGCGCCCGAGAAGGAAGCAGACGUGCCCCGGGGGGAGCCUCCUGCAGUGCCCAGGAGCACCAGUGUCCCCAAAGAGCAGAAGAAAAAGCCUCGAAGGGGGAGAAAACCCAGAGUGUCAAAACCUGAGCAGCCACUGGACAUUAUAGAAGGCAAGGAGCCGGCAGAGCAAGUGGCAGAGAUCAUCACUGAGGUCCCGCCCGAUGAGCCAGUGACAGCGGCGCCGGACGAGCGGAUCAUGGAGCUGGUUUUGGGGAAGCUGGCCACCACCACCAGCGACGCCAGUUCAGUGCCCAAGUUCCCACACCAUCAGAGCCCCGGCCUCACCCUCAAGCGGAGUCUGAUCCUGUCGAGCCGGCACGGCAUCCGCAGGAAGCUGGUCCGACAGCUGGGGCAGCUGGGGGAGCACAGACGGGUGUACCAGUGCAGCAUCUGCAGCAAGAUCUUCCAGAACAGCAGCAACCUGAGCAGGCACGUGCGCUCGCACGGUGACAAGCUGUUUAAAUGUGAGGAGUGCGCCAAGCUGUUCAGCCGCAAGGAGAGUCUGAAGCAGCACGUGUCCUACAAGCACAGCAGGAACGAGGUGGACAGUGAGUACAGGUACCGCUGCGGCACCUGUGAGAAGACGUUCCGCAUCGAGAGCGCGCUGGAGUUCCACAACUGCAGGACAGAUGACAAGACGUUCCAAUGUGAGCUGUGUUUCAGAUUCUUCUCCACCAACAGCAACCUCUCCAAGCACAAGAAGAAGCACGGCGACAAGAAGUUUGCCUGUGAGGUCUGCAACAAGAUGUUCUACCGCAAGGACGUCAUGCUCGACCACCAGCGCAGGCACCUGGAAGGAGUGCGGCGCGUGAAGAGGGAGGGCCUGGACGCCGGCGGCGAGAACCUGGUCCGCUACAAGAAGGAGCCCUCGGGAUGCCCCGUGUGCGGCAAGGUGUUCUCCUGCCGGAGCAACAUGAACAAGCACCUGCUGACGCACGGCGACAAGAAGUACACGUGCGAGAUCUGCGGCCGCAAGUUCUUCCGCGUGGACGUGCUCAGGGACCACAUCCACGUCCACUUCAAGGACAUUGCGCUGAUGGACGACCACCAGAGGGAGGAGUUUAUCGGCAAGAUCGGCAUCUCCUCGGAAGAGAAUGAUGACAAUUCAGACACCAGCGCGGACUCCGAGCCUCACAAGUACAGCUGCAAGCGGUGCCAGCUCACCUUCGGCCGCGGGAAGGAGUACCUGAAGCACAUCAUGGAGGUGCACAAGGAGAAGGGCUACGGCUGCAGCACCUGUAACCGCCGCUUCGCGCUGAAGGCCACCUACCACGCCCACAUGGUCAUCCACCGGGAGAACCUGCCGGACCCCAACGUGCAGAAGUACAUCCACCCGUGCGAGAUCUGCGGGCGCAUCUUCAACAGCAUCGGGAACCUGGAGCGGCACAAGCUCAUCCACACAGGGGUGAAGAGCCACGCCUGCGAGCAGUGCGGGAAGUCGUUCGCGCGGAAGGACAUGCUGAAGGAGCACAUGCGCGUGCACGACAACAUCCGCGAGUACCUGUGCGCCGAGUGCGGGAAAGGCAUGAAGACCAAGCACGCGCUGCGCCACCACAUGAAGCUGCACAAAGGCAUCAAGGAGUACGAGUGCAAGGAGUGCCAUCGCAAGUUCGCGCAGAAGGUCAACAUGCUCAAGCACUACAAGCGGCACACGGGGAUUAAAGAUUUCAUGUGCGAGCUGUGCGGGAAGACAUUCAGCGAGAGGAACACGAUGGAGACCCACAAGCUCAUCCACACGGUGGGCAAGCAGUGGACGUGCUCCGUGUGCGACAAGAAGUACGUCACCGAGUACAUGCUGCAGAAGCACGUGCAGCUCACCCACGACAAGGUGGAGGCGCAGAGCUGCCAGCUGUGCGGGACCAAGGUGUCCACCAGGGCGUCCAUGAGCAGGCACAUGCGGCGCAAGCACCCCGAGGUCCUGGCCGUGAGGAUCGAUGACCUGGACCACCUCCCAGAGACGACCACCAUCGAUGCCUCCUCCAUCGGCAUCGUCCAGCCCGAGCUGAGUCUGGAGCAGGAGGAGCUGGCGGAGGGCAAGCACGGGAAAGCCGCCAGGAGAGCCCACAAGAGGAAGCAGAAGCCGGAGGCCGAGGCUGCGGGGGCCCCGGUGCCCGAGGAGGCUGCCUUCAGCGAGUACUCGGAGAAGGAGCCCGUGCUGUCCGGCGUCGGGGACGAGACCGACUCCGCGGUGCAGAGCAUCCAGCAGGUGGUGGUGACGCUGGGAGACCCAAACGUGACCACCCCAUCGAGCUCCGUUGGCUUGACCAACAUCACCGUGACCCCCAUCACCACGGCUGCUGGGACUCAGUUUACCAAUCUGCAGCCUGUGGCCGUCGGGCACCUGACCACCCCCGAGCGCCAGCUGCAGCUGGACAACUCCAUUCUGACCGUGACCUUUGACACGGUCAGCGGCUCGGCCAUGCUGCACAACCGUCAGAACGACAUCCAGAUCCACCCGCAACCGGAAGCCUCAAACCCGCAGUCCGUGGCGCACUUCAUCAACCUGACCACCCUGGUCAACUCCAUCACGCCCUUGGGGAGCCAGCUCGGAGAGCAGCACCCGCUUACAUGGCGGGCGGUGCCCCAGGCCGACGUCAUGCCGGCGCCCCAGCCGCCCGCGUCCCAGCCCCCCGCGCCCCAGCCGCAGGUGCCGGCCGAGCCCCAGCCGCAGAUGUAUAGCUACUGAGCCCAAGCGCCCAGAAUUCACACGGGGCCCUGCACACAGGUGUUCUUGUCUGCAUCUGAGACUUGUUUGCUGGAUACCAAACCGAGAGAAGAGAAUCGUCAUUGCGAUGUAAGUAAGGGUGACAGCUUCGCAGAAUCCUCUCCAGACCCACCCUCCUGGAAAGCGUCGGCACCUGACUGCGAGCCUGGGGGUGACCCCUGGCAGAAGGUGCACGCUUGAGUGUUCUGGCCCGUGCCCGGCACACCGCCGCCCCUGACGGACGCGGGGUCGGGGCGCGCGAGGUGAGUGGUAUGUUACGAGGAACGUAAGCGGCUCGCAGGUGUCCUUUCGGCCCCCCCUCCCCCCCACCUGCUGCGUCGGCACAGAGAACGGCUGCCCACGGGGCCACGCGCUGCAAGGAAACGCCGUUUUUGCCUCGCUUCUGAGUCUUUCCGACGAAUGAGCAGAUAGAAGUUAAAGUGACGCUUAUUUUUCUUCUUUGAAAUUUGAGUUGAGGCAAAUUCGUUGGGCUGGAGACGUGUGAGGAGGCGUCCCGUGGCCGCGGACCCCACCCCUCAGUUCGUCACGGGUGAGGGGUCCCCGGAGGUCGCUGACUCGGCCCUGAAAGGCCUCUUUGUAACAUAACAACGGAUUCCUUUUUAGUAUCGGUUUUCAUUUUUUUUUUAACUUUAUUUCGAGCACAUAUUAUGUAUCCGGGACUUAAUCGUCGUUUUUUAUUUUUAACGCGCUAAAGUCGUUUGCACUGUAGGAGCGUCGGUCCACAUCCAGUUCUGCGCCGCUGCCCCAGCGCCAGGGACAGGCCACCGUGUAGGACAAGUAAGUCCCGUGCUGUCCCCCCUGGUGGCCCCCGCGGAGCCGGCUCAGGAUGCUCCGCCAUCCAAAUAUAUUUAUUACGGCUGAGGCUCAGCCAAAUCCGCCGAAGAACAGCGAAGAAAUUCACAUUUUCUUUCUGUUCCAACUGAAUUCCAAAGGUUGAUUUGCUUCAAGACCAAUUUUCUGUAAAAACCUGGAAGGGGCUCGGCUCUUCACAGUGGAAGGGUCCAGGUGUUUCUGAAGGACGGCUGCCGCCCUUUCCUGCCGGGCGGUCGUGAGAGCGGAAGCGUCCGCUCCUUACGUAUGGCCUUCGAGCGUGCCAUCUCUGCAUCCCCGGGACACAUGCCCCCACACGUGAACGCGUGUCAGAGGCGGUGGCCCAGGCUCACACCCGCCUGCCACUCAGUUGGGGAAACAGGGACAGUUUUUAGUCUCCUGAUGCUUUUUAAUGCUGUGCAAAAUGAAAUGAAAAGUCUGCCUUACUGUGGCCUUGAUUGCUCUUUGUCACACACCCUGUGUUAUUUGGGAGACCGUCUGGAAGGAACGAUGAUGCAUCAGUGGUGGACAUCUGAAGCCAAGGCAUUAGCGCCGCCUGGGAGGCCAAGGACCGUCCCUUCUGCAAAUGCAGCGGCCUCGGCUCUUAUCUUCAUUCUGAGCAGCGAGAUGCCGAGGACGGGGCUAGAGUUCGUUUCGUGCAAUACGUGCCCCUAGAAGUAAGGAAACCCGUCCCCCACGCAGCACGCAAGAGGGUCCCCGGAGUCCGCAUCUUCGACACAGCUCCGUCACACUCCCGUCUCCCGCCUGCAGUGGAAUCAAUAGCAGGAGAUCGUUAGACUUUUUAAUUUAUGAUAAUUAUUUUUAUGUUAUUUAUGUAUAUGAUUAACUGCUUUAUACACAAUAAUUUCAUCACAUGAACUUGGGCUAGGAGUGAUGUGUUUUCUAAAAUCCUGUCCUCAUUGUCCAGAUAUAAGCCGUCCCGAUACCCAAGGGGCCAUCAAGAGCCAAGGUCCCUGAUGUAUUAGGAAAAAAAAAAAAAUCACGGAGUUUUUUUUGACCAAGUGAAGAAUACAAACACGAUUAAACUUCUUUCAGCCUUUAUCUCUUAUCCCUCAUCCCUGUGAAAUAAAGGCCUUUUAAAUCACA